AUGGAUUCUGAGGAAUUACGAGAUGGAGACGAAAUAGAUGCUCAUAUUAAUGCUGAAUCUUAUCAACAACCUCCAGAUGCUCCUCAAUUAGAUCUUGCUUUAGAUGAAAACAAUAUAAAUGCAGAGUCUGCAAGUAAAGAUGAAUCUUAUCAACAGCCUCCAGAAGAUACUCAAUUAGAUCUAGCUUUAGGAAGUGUAUUUGGUGCUUUUAUAGGGGAUGCCUUAGGUUCAUAGAAAUAAAAUGGUGACGUUGACGGAAAUUGGACUCCGAGGCGCACCUCCUAUGGAGUUGGUAGGACCCAUUGCUGAUGAAGCUGAAGAUAAAGGUCUCAUUCCUGUCCUAAGUAGGCCUUCAGUUGUGGGGAAGCCGUGCCGAAAAGGGAAGUUUUAUUUCUCCCCCGAAGGUUUUCCCUGUCCCUGCCAGACGGCUAGGCAGGUUUUUCCUACCACAUGGUCUUCCUUCAUCGGGACCAUCGGGGCACUCAGACAGAAGUGGCUCUGCCAAAAGGAGCUGAUCUCUUGGACAGGUGGUUUUGACCAGAAAUCAAGAUGGCGUCGGGCCUAGGAGUAUGGCACAUCAGAACCUGACCCGGUGACGUCUUUCGAGCUGAGGUGUUGAGGUCCGUGGCUCGGCCGCUUAUGGCCUUACAAAACUAACUUAACUUAGGUUCAUACAUUGAAUUCAAAAAACAUAUAAAUACCAAGCUCUUAAAAGAGACCCUAGAAAUGAAUGGAGGCGGGCCAUUUCAAUUAGGUCCAGGCCAAGUAACAGACGAUUCUGAGUUAGCAAUGUGUAUGCUAAGAGGUCUAUGUGAUGGAAAUGGGAAAUUAAACCUUGAUUCCAUCGCAUAUUACUAUAAGCAGUGAAUCUGUACAGGUCCUUUUGAUAUUGGCAAUACAACUUCUAAUGCAUUAGGAGUUUAUCGUAAUUCAGAACCAAUCGCCAAGCUUUCUAUUGAUAGUGCUAGUAUUUAUAAUCAAAAUUCUCAAAGUAAUGGGAGCUUUAUGAGAUGUACGCCAAUGGCUGUUUUUUGCAGAAAUCUAAGUGAUCAAGAAAUUCGGCAGGCAGUGACUUUAGAGAGCUCCAUGACUCAUUCAAAUCUUGACGUCCAGGAUGCUCAAGUUUGCUAUAUCAAAGCAAUAGUCAGCUUGUUAAGAGAUCCAGGUAAUAGAGUAAGAGCAUAUGAGGAAGCAAAAGCAAUGGCAACAAGUCUCAACACUCAAGAAUGAUUUGAAGACGUUGAAAACCCAAAAAAAGCGAUGAAGGGCAGCCCCAAUAUUGGAUGAGUUAAAAUAGCAUUUGAUCACGCAUUUAGACAUCUGAGAAAUAAUAGCGAUUUUGAAACAGCGAUGUCUGAAACACUGAAAUUAGGAGGAGACACCGAUACAAAUGCAGCUAUUGUUGGAGGACUUAUUGGAGCUGCUGUGGGAUUUAAACGAUUGCCUUACGAAUGGAAGGAUAAAGUGAUGAAAUACUCAUUUGCUAGCACUAAUCGAGGGAUCAUAAGACCUUCAUUUUUAAAUCAACUUGAAGUCGAGGAGCAAGUUAAAUACUUAUUUUCUAUAUCUCCGUCUAUAUAUACUUGUAUUGAAUUGCACCAUUAUUUUUAUGAAAUUUUAUUUUAAAAAUAGGAGCUGGCAUAGAAGAAUUAUUUUGUAUAGAAAUGUAAAUUUAAUUAAAAUAUAAUAGCUUGAAGGUAAGACCAAAAGGGUUAAUUUAA